CCGCCCCUCACCAACAGGGCCGCGGGCUGAGAGUGCGCAUGAGCGGCUGUCUAUGGAGCUACUCGAGUUGGGAGGGGGGAGAAGACGGUCGAGGCAAAGCGGUAGCUGAGACGGCCUUGCAGGGACUUAGUACACAGUGCUGUAAGUUAAGAGAUACGAAGACCUCCAGAAAAGGACAAGUUCCUCGGAUGUACCCCCUCACAGAGAGAUGAAGGGGCAGCAGAAAACAGCUGAAACAGAAGAGGGGACAGUGCAGAUUCAGGAAGGUGCAGUGGCAACAGGGGAGGACCCAACCAGUGUGGCUAUUGCCAGCAUCCAAUCAGCUGCCACUUUCCCUGACCCCAACGUCAAGUACGUCUUCCGAACUGAGAAUGGGGGCCAGGUGAUGUAUAGGGUGAUCCAGGUGUCUGAGGGGCAGCUGGAUGGCCAGACUGAAGGCACUGGCGCCAUCAGUGGUUACCCUGCCACCCAAUCCAUGACCCAGGCGGUGAUCCAGGGAGCAUUCACCAGUGAUGAUGCAGUUGACACAGAGGGGACAGCUGCUGAGACACACUAUACUUAUUUCCCCAGCACUGCUGUGGGAGAUGGGGCGGGGGGCACGACAUCGGGAAGUACAGCUGCUGUUGUUACUACCCAGGGCUCAGAGGCACUACUGGGACAGGCAACCCCUCCUGGCACUGGUCAGUUCUUCGUGAUGAUGUCACCACAAGAAGUGUUGCAGGGUGGAAGCCAGCGCUCCAUUGCUCCCAGGACCCAUCCUUAUUCUCCGAAGUCAGAAGCCCCCCGGACAACUCGAGAUGAGAAACGCAGGGCUCAACAUAAUGAAGUGGAGCGCCGCCGUCGAGAUAAGAUCAACAAUUGGAUUGUGCAGCUGUCCAAAAUUAUCCCAGACUGCUCCAUGGAGAGUACCAAAUCUGGCCAGAGUAAAGGUGGCAUUCUGUCCAAAGCCUGUGAUUAUAUUCAGGAGCUUCGGCAGAGUAACCACCGAUUGUCUGAGGAACUGCAAGGGCUUGACCAGCUCCAGCUGGACAAUGAUGUACUUCGACAGCAGGUGGAAGAUCUUAAAAACAAGAAUCUGUUGCUUCGAGCUCAGUUGCGGCAUCAUGGAGUAGAGGUCGUCAUCAAGAAUGACAGCAACUAACUCUGGGAAGUUGGGGGCUUUGAGCCCUGCAACCCUUUUCUGAGAGCUGCAGCUAGCCCAGGAGCACCAGGCUAACCCCAUGCCCUUUUCCUUCACUGCCCACUUCUGGCAUGGGACUCAGGGGAGUUCAGAAAGUGUGUCUUUGAACUGAGGCUCUGUGAUACAGCAACCUGCAGUGGUGUGAAACAGCCACUUGGACAUGCACGCCGACAGCCUCGCCCACCCUUACCAAGCAGUCCCUGGACCCAUGUGCUCGUCUUGCACAAUGCAUGUGCUCUCUCAAUGCUGGAUACCAGACACACGAAACUGGAGGGCUUGUCCUGUGCUUGCUUAGAAAGUGCCCAGCACAGGGUCUGCUGACCAGUGACGCUCUGGCUUGGUCUGAACUCCAGCACUUCCACUUGGAGUUGAGGUUCAGGUGUGGACCUGGCUCUUCUAGGGAAUAGGCUUUAGCAAGAAGUGGAAGAAGAGAUGCCUAGCAGUGGCUGCUGCCUGGGGAAGAGGAACCUGGCCAGCAGGCAGUUAAGGCCCAGGCAGACAGGUCUGGAGCGGUGGAGAGAACAGGCAGGAGCCCACUUGGGGCCUUCCCCCUUGUUGGGGGUGUUUUCUUUUCUUCCUUCCUUUUCUUUUUUCUUUUUUUUUUUUAAUCAUAAAAUUGUUUAAA